GCAUUUUUAUUAAUUAAGAAAUCAUCUCACCGAGACCUAACUAGGAUUUAGUGUAUAGUUGGUGAAAACUACGAUUUUUGUAACUUGUUUUCAUGAAAACCAAGAGUCGCUUCUGAUAAGCUAUAGAAAGAUGCCCUUCUAACUGAUUCGUUUUAUUAGGAUUCAAGACAUCAGUACCAUCAGGAGAAAAUACAAUUAUUGAGGAAACGAGUCUUUGUUUGUGGAUACAGCCCAUAUUGACAUAUUCUGACACUGCGUGACUUGUUACUCGUUUAAACUGGUACUGAUCAAAGAAAGACGCAAAGAGGAAUAUCCUUAAGAAAUAUUCAGACACCACUGAUACAACGGUCGAAACACCAUGGCGAGGAUUAGCAUGUUAUGGAGUUUCUUGGUGAUUUUUGCACCUGUUAUCGCCCAAGUUGAAGCACAAUCAGAAGGCGCCCUCAGACUGGUAGGUGGCUCCUCUGCGCUCGAAGGUCGUCUUGAGAUUUAUCACAACUACGAGUGGGGGACGAUAUGCGACGACUACUUCGACCUCGCCGACGCCGACGUCGCUUGCCGGCAACUCGGCUACAUCAGCGCUCAGGCGGUCAAGGAAAGGGCGUAUUACGGUGCGGCGUCGUCCAGCGUGGAGAUUUGGCUUGAUAACGUUGACUGUACUGGAAACGAGGGCGAACUGAGGUACUGCAGUAGCCGCGGUUGGGGCGUCGAGAACUGCGGUCACAACGAGGAUGUGGGGAUCGUAUGCAGAUAUACCACAGCGAGCGAAGGGGAUCUCCGUCUCGUUGACGGUGAGGAUCUGGACGAAGGUCGUGUUGAGAUUUAUCAUAACGGAGUAUGGGGGACGAUCUGCAACGAUUACUGGGCCUACGACGAAGCCCGUGUCGCGUGUCGUCAACUCGGCUACUACGGUGUUUCAUACUCAAAAACAAGUAUGUACGGUCCUGGUACCGGUCCUAUUCACCUUGACAAUGUGAUGUGUUAUGGGUACGAGGACAGACUCCUCCAGUGCUACAAUUUGGAUUGGGAUACGACCGACUGUGUACAUACUGAGGACGUUGGAAUCAACUGUGCCUUCGACAACUCAAACACAGCCUUGUCGUGGUGGGCCAUCAGCCUCAUUGUUCUAGGUUCCCUAUUCGUCUUCGUGCUCUUCGCGGUUAUAAUCGGUAAAGUGUGCUCGAAGCCGCGGUCAAAACGCAACGCGUCGGCCGCGGUGACUUCAACCGAAACGGCUCCCGUGCAAACGUACCCGGCCCAGGCUGGCUCGAUGUACCCACCGCCAAUGGCGUACCCGGCAACAACCGUAACGUACCCACCGGCAGCCGGACCAACCGCGGCAUACCCACCGAAUACCGUGGCCUACCAAGCGUACCCACCAACGGUUGCCGAUUCGGGUGCUGCAGCUCCGCCUGCAUACACCCAGGUUGCGCCCGGUAAUCCCCCGCCACCACAGAAGUAGCCUGGUGGCACAGAGGCAGACAGUCUACAAAGAAUGUUCCCAGAUUGUUUCGAAGGGAGAUUAAAAAAUAGUAAGAGAGAAAUCGAGGUAAGGGCGGGAGUGGAUAUUAGAAUGUUGGUUUAACUAUUCAAAAAGUGUUCACUUGGAUACUAUUGGCUACUGUAUUUUAGCAAAAAUUAUUGAUUCAAUAAAACACAUAAAAAAAAUUACUACUCGACCACAACCAGUACAUGAUGCAAUGAUCUACCACCAUUCCCCAAUGUCAUUCCUUCACAGAAAGGACGGCUGGAUCACAGCAAAACCACAUAACCACAACUUUUUCCAUAUCAUACCACACAAAGACCACAGAUUAUGUAUAUCAAACUUUUUAAUCAGUUAAACCACAGACUGUUGAUAAAAAUUGCUUAUGAUUUUGUUUAUUGUUCUGAAUUUUGUGGAAAAUCAGGUCAAAUUGGAGCAUGUUCAAAUUACAUGAAAUGUGUGAAGAUACUAUAAAUGUGUAACCAUGAAAAUAAUCAAUAUAAAACAUAAUUAACAAUUAUUAAUUCUUGAAUAAUUAAUAAUUUGAAAAUAAUCUGCAAAAACGAGUCUUUGUUUUCUUUUUCAUGUAAACUCGCUAAAAAAAAUCGUAUGAAAAUGGUUACUUCUGUAACAACAGCUUUUGAAAUUGGUACCGGAACGAUGUUGAAAUUUUUUUUUCAAUAAGUUGGCCUUCUGUUAUAAUGAAUGAUAUGGAAGUUCAUUGUUGUUGGAGAACAUUUUGGAAGAUGAUUGUUGUUGGAGAACAUGCUUUCAUUUUUAAAAUUAAAAACAAAAAAAUUUGGCAAGAAUAAGAAAAAAAUACAAAUCCAAGUAUUGUAUUCUGAUUCAAAGCGUCCAAAACAGAGUUGGCCCUUAUCGUGAUUUCUCCCAUUGUAUCAUAUAAUGCCUUUUAUAAAAGUAUAGUUAAUAUUGUAUAUUUGUCAGGUUACUUCGCAUUCAUCCUUUUUUUUUUUGCUGUGAUUCAAAAACAUUUUAACCCAGGAGCCGGUUGCACAAAAUGUUUAGAUCAAACGAAACUUGCAUUUCAAGCAAUAAAGUGCGCGCAUUUAGGACCUGUGCUUGAUUCGAAACUCUCCUGCAAAGGGCCCCAGUAGUGGAAUACCAAUUCGAAUAAUGUGCUAAGCAUGCACUUUCGUUAAUAUGCAAUACUACCAUGACUAAUUUUUAUGCAAUAUUUUUUUUUCAAGAAUAUUUUGCUGUUAAAUGCUUGAAUAGUAAAUGCAAAUCUGAUCGUGAACGCGUUGAAAUUACAUCCGUGUUUUCGUUGCGAAUACAGAUACCUGUACCUAAUAUGAUUAUAAUAUGAUUCUCGUAUUUUUAUGUGUAUUCUGUUCUGUCCAGUAUUGUGAAUUUGUUCUACAAGUUUUCCUAAUACAUGUGAUAUAGUAAAACCAAGAGGACAUGCGCAGUUAAGUUUAUCGGGGACAUGCUCCUGUUAGUGACAUUUUACUCCUGUCUUAAUAAGUCAGAGGGCAUAAGGUUGUAACAGAGUUUUUGGCUCAGAGAAGUCUUAAGAUAAAGGAUCGGGGUUUAUUUAAUUUUGGAGGUUAAGUUUGAUGCUUGACUUAACGUGCAGAUUUUUCAUUGGAGCAAAUGUCAGGGCAAAUGCCACUGAUGGAACCAGUUUAUUAUUGAAUGGAAAACCCUUAAACGAAUUUGAUAUAAAUACACCCCGCACACCCUAUGUUUUGCCUUGUAUAUUUUAAUUCUUACCGCUGAAGUAAAUCGUACAAGUUAACAUUUGUUGUUGUUGCAAAUUUCUGAUAUAAAACAAGUCAAUUUGGAUGAUACAGCAAUAUAUUAGCAAUACAAUAGAAUAAAAUCAAUUUCAAUCUCA